AGACCCCCUUCUUGACUCCCCCCAAACCUCUCCCUCCCUGCCCCCCCCAAACCGAGCCCCCCUGCCUGCCCCCCCCCAGCCUCCCCCGGCCCCCCCGGCCCCCGCGGCGGAUGCGCGGGUAGGAGGAUGGCGGCGGCGGGGGGCGCGGGGGGGGCGCGGGACCCCCCGGACCGGGCGGUGCAGUACCUGCUGGAGCUGAACCGCAUCAUCGCCAGCCAGCGGCACCUCCUGGCCUCCCAGCGCCGCCGCAUCGCCCAGCUCGAGGGGCAGCUGCAGCGCCUGGCGCGCGAGAACCGCGACCUGCGCCUCCGCCGCGCGCCCCCCGCCCAGGGCCGCGCGGAGCAGGACGGGCAGUACCAGAACCACCUGGAGCGCGACGGGCCCUUCCCGGGCGGCGCCGAGGCCGAGCCGCCCUUCCCGGGCGCCGGCGACCGCGAGCCGCCCUACGCCGCCCACCCCGACCGCGACCGGGACCGGGAGCCGCCCUACGGGGAGCGGGAGCCGGAGCCGCCCUACCUGGGGCGCCUGGAGCGCGACGGGCAGUUCGAGGCGCCGGCGGAGCGCGAGGGGCAGCUCCAGAGCCGCAAGGAGCGCGAGCGGCUCUACCCGGGCCGCGACCGGCCCUUCCCGGAGCGCGACGCCCAGCUCGCCGGCUGCCUGGAGCGCGAGCUGCAGUUCCCGGGCGCCGGGGACCGCGACGCGGCCUACGCGGCCCGCCUGGACCGCGAGCUGCAGUACCCGGGCCGCCCGGACCGCGACGGGCAGUACCUGGCCCACCUGGACCGCGACGCGCCCUACCCGGGGCACCUGGACCGCGACGCGCCCUACGCGGGGCACCUGGACCACGACGCGCCCUACGCGGGGCACCUGGACCGCGACGUGCUGUACCCGGGGCACCUGGACCACGACGCGCCCUACCAAGGGCAUCUGGACCGCGAUGCGCCGUACCCGGGCCGGCCGGACCGCGACGCGCCCUACCCGGGGCACCUGGACCGCGACGUGCCCUACACGGGGCAUCUAGACCGCGACGUGCCCUACCCGGGGCAUCUAGACCGCGAUGCGCCCUACCCGGGGCAUCUGGAGCGGGACGCGCCGUACGCCGGCCGGCCGGAGCGGGACGCGCCGUUCCCGUUGCCCUACCAGAAGCGGCUGGAGCGGGACGGGCCCUACGCGGGCCGCGAGGGGCCCUACGCGGAGCCCUGCGCCCGGGACCGCUGCGGCGGCGGCGCCCACCGCGACCGGGGCCCGCUGAGCCGGGGGGCCUCCCGCAGCUCCAGCCCCGGCGCCGGCGGCCACAGCACCAGCACCAGCACCAGCCCCGCCACCACGCUCCAGCGGAAGUCGGACCGAGACAGCUCCAGGACGGUGAGCGUGGAGGGCGAGGGCCCGGGCAGCGAGGGCGGGGGGCCGCCCCCCGAGAGCCCCGGGAGCCAGGCGCCGUACCGCCGCGCCCCCGAGCCGGCCCCCGAGCCGCCGGCGCCCGCGGGGGCCCCCGGCGCCGCCCCCCCGGCCCCGGCCUGGGGCCGGGCCGCCCGCCUGCCGCCGCAGCCCGCCAGCGUGGCCCUGCGCCUGCAGCAGGAGGAGGAGAGCAAGCGGGCCAAGGCGCUCAGCGACAGCUACGAGCUCUCCACCGACCUCCAGGACAAGAAGGUGGAGAUGCUGGAGCGCAAGUACGGCGGCUACUUCCGCACGCGGCGGGCGGCGCGCACCAUCCAGGCCGCCUUCCGCCGCUACCGCAUGGCCAAGAAGUUCGAGCGGCUGCGCAGCUCCGCGGCCGAGAGCCGCCGCUCGCGGCGCCUGGCGCUGGCCGGCAUGCGCCUGCAGUUCUCCUUCGAGGAGUACGACCGCGGCCCCCCCGCCCCGGGGCCCGGGCCCCCCCCGCCGCCCGCCCCCUACUUCGAGGGCAAGCCCGCCUCGCUGGACGAGGGCGCCCUGGGGGGGCCGCGGGGCCCCCGCCGCGCCCCCCGCUACGGCGGCUCCUGCCGCGCCGGCCUGGACGGCGCCGCCGCCGCCCCCGAGGCCCCCGCCGGCCCCCCCGAGGCCGCCGCUGCCGCGGGGGGGGGCCCCGGGGGCGGCCCGGGCGGCGGGGGCCCCCCCAGCCCCCCCCGGCACCUCUCGGCCUCCGCCGACUUCGGCCCCGGCGCCGCCGACCUGGAGGAGGCCUUCGCCCAGCAGGUGCAGUCGCUGGCGGCCUCCAUCGACGAGGCGCUGGGGUGCCGGGGGGCCCCCCCGGGGGCGCCGGGGCCCGGCGAGGGGGGGCCGGGGCCGGCGGGCGACAGCGCCGCCACCUCCUUCAGCGACGUCACCCUCUACCUGGAGGAGGGGCUGCCCGGCUCCCCGCCGUCGCGGCCCCCCAGCGCCGAGGGGGGCCCCCCCGCCGCCCCCGCCGCCCCGCCGCCGCCCCCCGCCCGCCCCGAGCCCUGGGGCGGCCCCGAGGAGGGCCCCGGCGGGGGGGCGCCGGCCCCGCCCCGCCGCGGCCCCCCCUGCCUGGAGUGCCGGGGCCGGGGCGGGGGGGGGCACCCGCCGCUGCUCACCGUGGAGCCGCCCAGCGACAGCUCCGUGGACCUCAGCGACCGCUCCGACCGCGGCUCCCUCAGCCGCGCCGGCCCCUUCGAGCCCGAGGCGGGGGGGGGCUCGCUGCCGCGCGGCGGCCCCCCGGCCCCCGGCCCCCCGCCCGCCCGCGCCCCCCCGCCGCACCGCUGCUUCCACGCCGAGCCGCCGCCGCCGCCGCCCCCCCCCGCCGCCGCCGCCGCCGCCGGGGCCCCCGAGGAGGGCUCCGAGGGCGACAACGACAGCCUGCGCAGCAGCUCCAACUCCAACGAGACCCUCAACUGCUCCUCGGGGUCCUCGUCGCGCGACAGCCUGCGCGAGCCCCCCCCGCCGCCCCCGCCGCCCCCGCCGGCCGCCCCGCCGCAGCCCCCCGGGCCCCCGCCGCCCGGCAAGCAGACCUACCAGCGCGAGCCGCGCCAGAGCUGGGACUCGCCGGCCCUCAACAACGACGUGGUGCAGCGCCGGCAGUACCGCAUCGGCCUCAACCUCUUCAACAAGAAGCCGGAGAAGGGGAUCCAGUACCUGAUCGAGAGGGGCUUCCUCUCCGACACCCCGGUGGGAGUCGCCCACUUCAUCCUGGAGCGCAAGGGGCUGAGCCGGCAGAUGAUCGGCGAGUUCCUCGGCAACCGGCAGAAGCAGUUCAACCGCGACGUGCUCGACUGCGUGGUGGACGAGAUGGACUUCUCCGGCAUGGAGCUGGACGAGGCGCUCCGCAAGUUCCAGUCCCACAUCCGGGUGCAGGGCGAGGCCCAGAAGGUCGAGCGCUUGAUCGAGGCCUUCAGCCAGCGCUACUGCGUGUGUAACGCGGCCCUGCUGCGCCAGUUCCGGAACCCGGACACCAUCUUCAUCCUGGCCUUCGCCAUCAUCCUCCUCAACACCGACAUGUACAGCCCCAGCGUCAAGGCCGAGCGCAAGAUGAAGCUGGAGGACUUCAUCAAGAACCUCCGAGGGGUGGACAACGGCGAGGACAUCCCCCGGGACAUGCUGGUGGGCAUCUACCAGCGCAUCCAGAGCCGGGAGCUGCGCACCAACGACGACCACGUCUCCCAGGUCCAGGCCGUCGAGCGCAUGAUCGUCGGCAAGAAGCCGGUGCUGUCCCUGCCCCACCGGCGCCUGGUGUGCUGCUGCCAGCUCUACGAGGUGCCCGACCCCAACCGGCCCCAGCGCCUGGGGCUGCACCAGCGCGAGGUCUUCCUCUUCAACGACCUGCUGGUGGUGACGAAGAUCUUCCAGAAGAAGAAGAUCCUGGUGACCUACAGCUUCCGCCAGAGCUUCCCCCUCGUCGAGAUGCACAUGCAGCUCUUCCAGAACGCCUAUUACCAGUUCGGGAUCAAGCUGCUGUCGGCGGCGCCGGGGGGGGAGCGGAAGGUGCUGAUCGUCUUCAACGCGCCGAGCCCCCAGGACCGGCUGCGCUUCGCCAGCGACCUGCGCGAGUCCGUGGCCGAGGUGCAGGAGAUGGAGAAGUACCGCGUGGAGGCGGAGCUGGAGAAGCAGAAGGGGGUGGCGGGGGCGCGGGGCCCGGGGCCCCCCCGCGACGCCCUCAACGGGCUGAGCCGCAGCAGCCUGGACGAGGCCUUCGCCCCCCCCGAGGGGCUCAAGCGCAGCGCCCUGAGCAGCUCCCUGCGCGACCUCUCCGACGGCGGCAAGCGGGGCCGGCGCAACAGCGUGGGGUCCCUGGACAGCACCAUCGAGGGCUCCAUCAUCAGCAGCCCCCGGCCACAGCCGCGGGGGGCACCGGCGGCGGCGCCGGGGGGGGCCGAGGGCUACAAGCCGCCCCCCCGGCCCGUCUCCAACUCCUCCUCCUUCCUGGGCUCCCUCUUCGGCAGCCGCCGCGGCAAGGCCCCCCCCGGGCCCCCCCCCGGCGCCGCCGCCUGCGCCUCGGCCUCGGCCUCCUCCUCCUCGGCCUCCUCCUCCCACCACCACCACCACCACCCCCCCGCGGCCCCCCCGGCCCCCGACGGCCCCUCCAAGCUCCAGGCGCUGCACGCCCAGUACUGCCAUGGCGGCGGCGGCGGCGGCGGCGGGGGGGGGCCCGGCGGCGGCGGGGGGGCGGGCGGCGGCCCCGGCCCCCCCCCGCCGCCCCCCCCCUACCCCCAGCAGCAGCCCCCGCCGCCGGCCCGGCCCGCGCCCCCGCCCCCGCUGCCGGCCAUCGCCGCCGGCGCCCCCCCCCGCUUCCACGGCGGGCCCCAGCCGCCGCUGUCGGCGCCCCCCCAGCAGCACGGCCCCCCCGGGGGGGGCUUCCCCCCGCCCCACCCCCACUACACCCUGCACCGCCCCGGCAAGCGGGGCGCCGGCCCGGCCCCCCCCCGCCAGCCCCUCUCGCCCCUGCCCCUCUACAGCCCCGCCGCCCCCCCCCACGGGCUGCCCCACGCCUACCCGCCCGGCCCCCCCCCGCACCACCGCCCCCCGCCGCCCCCCGCCCCCGCCAAGCACUUCGUCUUCGGGGGGGGCGGCGGCGGGGGCGCCCUGCGCGGGGGGGGCGGUGGCGGGGGGGGCGGCCCCCCCCCGGGCCACCACCACCACCACCACCACCACCACCACCACCACCCGCCCCCCCACUCGCCCAUCCCCCCCCACCCCUCCUACCCGCCCCUGCCCCCCCCCUCGCCCCACACCCCCCUCAGCCCCCACUCGCCCGCCGGCCCCACCUCGCCCCUGGCCCAGCCCCCCCCGGGCCCCCCCAAGCCCAAGGGGGGCAACCGCAUCAGCACCGUGGUGUGACCCCCCCCCACCCCCCCGGCCCCCCCGGGCCCGGCCCCCCGGCUCAGGCUGACCGUCACAUGGCACU